AAAUAUAUAUUAAUUUUCGGUUUUCAUUAGUCAUGCCUUAAGAUUUUUUAUCAUUCGCGGAAGUAGUGGUUCCUAUUAAGUAUUAAUCUAAUCGUAUCAAAAUGCAAACAGGCAAACCCUAAAUCGGAAAUAUAGAGUAGUAGUACUCCGCGUCGUUUCGCAUUAGUCGUUGUUAGUUUGUUGCUACAGUCGUUACAAAACGAUCUGUUGGGGCAAAAUCUGAAAAAUUUUGUUUCCGAUUUCAUCGUCGAAGGCAGCGCGUUUCAUUGUUUGGUGGAAUUGCGUAAACAUUGUAUUGUUAGGCAAACUGGUACACAACGUCCGUUGUCAGGCUAUAUAUUGAGUUACUUCUGAAAACAAUAUUUUCUCGAGCAUCAAUUCCUUUUCGACCACUCAUUCGUUAACAAUGACUGUAGUGAAAUCCCUUAGCUUCCUAUUUCUAGUUUCCACCGUGUUCACAACACAUGCCUUGAUUUACAAAGAUUGUGGAUCUGUGUCUGGAAAGAUUCGCUCAGUGGCAGUUUCUGGUUGUGAAAACAGCAAUAUAUGCAUACUUAAGUCAGGCCAAAAUGCCAACUUGACAGUUGUUUUCACUUCGUUGGAAGAUACUGAUAAAACCAAGGCUAGCGUCCAUGGAAUAAUUGGAGGAGUGCCUCUACCUUUUCCUCUACCACAAACAGAUGCCUGUCAAAACUCUGGUCUAGAUUGUCCAUUAUCUAAUGGGAAAAAUUAUACUUACACAGCUACCAUUCCAAUAAGUACAGCCUACCCUAAGAUUAAAGUGCUAGUCAAAUGGGAGCUGCAAGAAGCCCAUGGAAAAGACCUUUUUUGCGUUGAAAUUCCUUCAGCAAUCCUUUAAGAUGACUAAAGGAUUGCUGUUCUCAACUACUGUUGUCAACAGAUAAUUUGUAUUCCUACAAAACGAAUAAAAAAUUCCUCAAACGUA